AUGCCCAAGUUCUCUGCCGCCACGGUGAAGCUGAAGCUGAGGCACACCGAUGGGGACAUCGACCUCGGCGAGCAGCCAGCGACGCUCACGGGCGCUGCAGCGCGGCAGCUGGCCAUCAGCCACUGGCCCACAGAGGGCCCGCUGGCCGCGCACGCCCCCGCCAACGCCGCGUGCUUGCGGCUGAUUCUGAACGGUCGAACGAUGGAGCCGUCGGGCAGCCUCGAGCCGACGUGGCAGAUGCUUUCUGGCGGGGACCCUGGGGACGUGCCGGUGGUCACGUUGCAUGCAGUAGUGCGCGAAGACGGCAAGGCGGGCAAGCAGGGGGGCAAGGACGACGGAAGCGGCGACGGAAGCCGGUCGCGGAGCUGCUGCGUCGUGCAGUGA